AUGGCACCAGUCAGCGAAUACCUGUACCACGUGGUACGUACCAUGAUCGACUACCAUCACGAUCCCUCUGGAGCUUCGCAAGACAUCACCGUAAACGGGACGUAUACAGACCUCAGCGCCGCCAAAAAGGCCGCCAAAACCGCUCUCUUCGAUGACGGCUAUGAAGAAGAAUGGUUUACCACUUUCGACAUCAAGGGCGAUCCCGAGGAGUGGACCCAUGGCGAUGGGAACAUAGUCUACGCCCGGGCACCAGAAGGCGAAGUCUUCAUCGUAGGUCUCAAGACCGCGCCCAACACGCUGGAGGUGGAGGACAGUGCAAACCACAAGAUCGAAAGCGAGCUAUACCACGUCCUGCAAACGACCAUCCAUUACAGCAAGGACCGCUCCGGAGGGGAUCGUGAGACGGAUAUCCCGGGCACCUUUACCACGUAUGAUGCGGCAAAGGAGUUUGCAGCAACUUGUUUGCUGGAUGAAGAGGUUACGAAGGAUGAUUUUGAAGAGUACGACGAGUUUGAUGGAGAGGAUGAUUGGCCAUAUGGCUCGGAUGUAAUUGUGCAUGCGGGGCAACCGGGCGUUUAUGCCGGGCGAGAAUCCUUUGCGUCGCUCUGCCGCAUGUACGAAUACAUCGUUGCCGACUACAACCUCGCUUUACGGGGGGAGAUCGAAUACUUCUCUAACCUCCCGAGAUGUCUCGUAUCAGAAACACCUCACCCAGCCGAUCCGGAUCCUGCACGCUGCGCUAUCCACGCCGUGCUGCCUCAAUUCCUCGUUAUGGCUUUCAACCGGCUUGUUGAAAGGGGAUUCCACAGAGACGCCCCUGCAAUCAUCACCAACGAUGAAGAGGAUGAGUUGAAGGCGCGCCCCCGGAUCUUGGAGGAAGUACUGUCGUGGACUACGAAUGUACCGGCGCUGAGGCAAAUGCUGAUUAUUCCUAGUAUUGAAGGUCACCAGGCAAGCAUUAAACAGGCGAGCCCUGAGUUCUUGAAGAAGAUUGUGCUUAUCUUCCCGCCUCACGUCCUUUUCAUGUAG